AUGACUCUCACACUGUUUCUUUCUGUCGUUUUGCUGCAUUUCCUCCAACAAGGGAGCACGAGCAGGAAACUACCUGAAGUUGAGCAAUAUGAAAUAGUUUAUCCACGGAAAUUGCACACAGUACAUAAAAGAGAUGCAGAGAGAAACAAAGAGACCAAAUACGAUGACACAAUGGAGUAUGGAAUCAAAGCCAGCGGAGAGGAAGUCAUUCUGCACCUACAGAAAAAUGAGCACCUAUUGGCUAGAGACUACACUGAAACAGUUUAUUCUGAUGACGGUCGACAAAUAACCACAAGUCCUCAGAUCAAGGAUCACUGUUAUUAUGAAGGUUACAUUCAGAAUGAUGCUGAUUCCAUAGCGAGCAUCAGUGCUUGCAAUGGCCUAAGCGGAUACUUCGAGACACGUGGUCAGAAGUACCUCAUUGAACCCUUGGGAACCUCAGACAGAGACGAACAUGCAGUCUACAAGUAUGAGAAACUCAAACAGAAGUCCAUCAAAACCUGUGGUCUAGUCAAUAACACCUGGGAAGAAGAUUCAAAUGACCCCACUGGUGACAUCUUCAAAUCCAGCAACAGCCCAGAAAUGAAAGCAUACCUGAAAGCAAAAAAGUAUCUGGAAGUCUACAUAGUUGCAGACAACAGUCUGUAUAAGAAGUAUGACGAAAACGUGAAAACUGUAAGACAAAGGAUAUUUGGAAUAGUCAAUUACAUCAACACGGUUUAUAAGGCCAUAAACAUGUACGUGGCUUUAAUAGGCCUGGAAAUCUGGACCGACGGUGACAAAUGCCUCCUGAGCCACGCGGCAGGAUUCACACUGGACAGUUUCUCCAAGUGGAGGCUCUCAGAUUUGUUGAAGAGGAAAAGAAACGACAACGCUCAGCUGAUCACAGGCUAUGACUUUGAGGGGACAACGAUUGGAUUAGCCUUUCUAAAAUCCAUCUGCAGUGAUAUAUAUUCUGCAGGUAUUAUUCAGGAUCAUAACAGAAAUGAAAUCGCAGUUGCAGCAACCAUGGCACACGAGAUGGGACACAACCUUGGCAUGAGUCACGACACCAAAGCCUGCACAUGCAGAGCUGAAGUUUGUAUCAUGACAGACACUGUCAGUUCCAUCGUCCCCAAGAAAUUCAGCUCCUGCAGCCUCCAAAGUUUUGAGAAGUACAUGCUGAGCGACAUGCCCAGAUGCUUAACUAACAUCCCAGACAAAGACAGCAUCAUAGCACCUCCAUCCUGUGGCAACGGCUUUGUGGAGAAAGGAGAGGAAUGCGACUGUGGCACUCCUGAGGAGUGCACAAAUGAGUGCUGCGACCCCGAGUCGUGCAAACUGACAGCAGGGUCCACGUGUGCACAUGGAGAGUGCUGUGAAAACUGCCAGUACAAGAAAUCAGGAGCUAUCUGCAGGGCAGUUAAGGAUGACUGUGACCUGGCUGAGAUGUGCACUGGCUUCUCCCAACACUGCCCAGCAGAUCGAUUCCGUGUAAACGGAUAUCCCUGCAACUACGGCGAGGGCUACUGCUACAUGGGACACUGUCCCACCCGGGAACAACAGUGCAAAGCUGCUUUUGGAUCACAGGCCACUGAAGGUGCCGCGUCCUGUUACCGGAUGAACGAGAAAGGGGUAUAUUAUGGAUACUGCAGAAAAGAAAAAGGUAGUCACGUCCCAUGCGAGAAAAAAGAUAUAAUGUGUGGGAAGUUGUUCUGUGCUGGGGGCAGCGAGAUGCCUCGGGAUGGGAGCCUGGUGACUUUCGAGUCCUGCAAAGCAAGUUUUCCUAGAAAUGGAGAAGCAGACCCAGGGAUGAUUCUCAAUGGAACUAAAUGCGGGAAUGGGAUGGUGUGCAGCAAUGGAGAAUGUGUCUACAUUGAAGAUGUCUUUAGAUCAACCAACUGCUCUGCCAAGUGUACUGGACAUGCUGUGUGUGACCACGAGCUGCAAUGCCAGUGUGAGGAAGGAUGGGCACCACCAACCUGCGACAGCUCCUCAGCAGUUACCAGUUUUGCUAUAGUUGCUGCUGUGCUGGUUGUCCUCGCUGUCACAGCAACGGCAGCAGUGUUCCUUAUCCGCUUCCGAGUGUUCAAGAAGAGCUGCCAGACCAGAAGGGGACCUGGAGCCACAAACCAAGUCUUUGCAGAUCAAGAACAAAGAUACAGAGAACACCCUGUCCUGGCAGUACCUGUCCAGAAGAUGAACGAUAAGAAACUUCUCCUUCCUGUACCUCCACUGCAAGAGAACAAACCACAGCUCCAGAGCCCUGCCAUAAGGCCAAGAGGUCCCCCACCUCCUGUUCCUUCUAUGAAACCAGCCUCUUUUCACACUGAAGAGAUCUUUGCACCAGAGAGAAAACCAGCUCAUCUUCCAGUUCCCAAAGGCAAACCUCCACCUCCACCUCCACCAAAGGUAACCUGA